UUGCUUAUGGUGCUUUAUCGCUGUGUCUAUCAUGAUUCGCAUCCUGCUAGAGGGGUGUUGUGUACGUGUUGCUGAAAUUGUGUGCUUAAUCGCUAAUUCGACGACGAAAAACGCGUUGUGAAAGGAAAAACAAUCCAUCACCAAAGCCAGAGGCGCGGAACGCUGUCGAGAGACCUUUCCCCCUCCUUUUGUUGAUGGAAGCUGUAGUGUGCCAAAGGGAAGUGUGUUUGGUGAGCAGUGCGCUGGAAACUGUACCUAGAAAGAGCAUUCGCAAAACCUUUCGCGGAAAAGCCUCAUUACGUUGCUAUUAGCAACGCUUGCCACACAUACUAAGCUAGUUGUGCCCUUUCAAAAAAGGUGUAGUGAAGAGGGCAGCGGGGUAGUGAGCUCGUUGGUAGAAAAGAAAAUCCUGCCCCAAUUGGAAAGUGUGUGACAGCAACAGGACGGGUGUGUCCCACCCGGUGUCCAGCUGCUUCCAAUCUGCAUCUGGGCGUGUGGAUGGAAAAAUGUGCCAGCGAGCAAUGCUGAUGUUGCCAGUAGUACGCAUCGUGCCACAGUUCCUGCCAGCCGCCAUAGCCGCAACCCAGCAGCAAGCCCAACCCGCCAGACUGGACUGUCGCCUGCGUCCAUCCGUCCAUGACCAGGUACGAUCGGUACAGCUUGUCGACCGACCAGCAGCAACAGAAGCAGACGCUAAACCCACCAUCAGCAGCAGCAGCAGCAGACCGGAAGCUCGACACGGUAGCGGUCGCUCCUGGCACGACGAUGACUGACGAGGAGCUGCUGUUGCUCGAGCGGGCGAACGCCGAGCGGGAUGAGAUAUUCCUGCGCUACGAUCAGGGCCGCAAGUGCGACAGUAUCGAUGCGUGGGAAGAUCCAAUGUUCGAAGUGUACACGCAGGCGGACCGGUACGGCUUCCUGCAUCCCGUGGCGCCGGCCCAGUCGAAGGAGGCGGAACUGCUGCAGCACCGGAUCGAGAUGGAGCGCGUGAAGAAGUGGGUCAAGAUGCACAAAAACUGGGACGCGGCGGCGACCAAGGAAAAUCUGCGCCGGCGCGUAAUGAAAGGCAUCCCGGAUCGGAUGCGCUCGGCGAUCUGGCGCAAGCUGCUCGACCUGGACCGGCAGAUCCGGGAGAAUGGGGGCAUGUACGACCGGAUGCUGGACUGUGCCCGGCGCCACAGUCCCGACAUACGGCAGAUCGAUUUCGACGUGAACCGCCAGUUCCGCAAUCACGUGUUCUACCGCGAGCGGUACAGCGUGAAGCAGCAGAGCCUGUUCCGCGUGCUGGCCGCGUACAGUAUGUACAACACCGAGGUCGGCUACUGCCAGGGCAUGUCAACGGUCGCCGCGGUGCUGCUGAUGUACUUCGACGAGGAGGACACGUUCUGGGCGCUGGACGUACUGAUGACGAAUCAGCGCUACGCCAUGCACGGGCUGUAUAUAGUGGGGUUUCCGAAGCUGAUGCGGUUCCUGGCGCACCACGACCGCAUCCUGACCAAGUGUUUGCCCAAGGUGAAGAAACAUCUCGACAAGCACGAGGUACACUCGGUGCUGUACUCGUUGAAAUGGUUUUUUGUUAUCUUCAUCGAGCGGAUACCCUUCAGUCUUUGUCUGCGGGUGUGGGACAUCUACAUGAUGUACGGCGAACGCGUAUUAACGGCGAUGGCUUACACGAUACUAAAGGUUCACAAAACGAAGCUUCUUCGGAUGAAGGACAUGGAUCAGGUGACGGACUUCCUACAGACAUCGCUGCACAAACAGUUCGGCUAUGAUGAUGACUAUGUGAUAAAAGCGCUUCAGAGUUCGAUGGACGAGCUGAAGAAGCUAAAACUUCUAAAUCUGCCACCUCCAUCCGCCAACGAGCUACCCACAAUGCCACGGGGGCAAACGGUCGAACCUUCCACAAAGGCGAGAAUCGGCCAUCGCAAUGAACAGUUUUCGGAGCGAGAGAUAGCACUCAAGGAGACGGUGCUGUAUCGCAGCGAAUCGAAGAACGAGGAGGAAGAAGAACAGUACAAUAAUGGCGUGCAGGGGGCCGGAGACCGUGCCGCUACGGCGGAAGAUGAAGACGACGAGCGCACGGAGAAAGAUUACGAUGAUAUUACGGAAGAUACCGUGAGCCAACUGCAUACAGUUUCGGACAUGGAUGGUGGAAGCAUAACGAAGCACUCGCUGACUGGAACAUCUGUAACCUCAACGAACGACAUCAGCCUGACGUCGUACGACCGUACCUGUGAUAUAUUCCGGCUGCAAGCAUCGGGCCAGCAUCCAAGUAGCCGCGAUCCUCCGCCCGCUGGUACCACCUCGGCCGUCCUUUUGCUUGAUCAGCUGGCCGCCCAGCUGUCGGACGAGGAGCUCUCCUCCUACGGGGCAGCCGUCGAGCUUAUGCUUGAUGAUGAAGAAGACGAUGGCGCAGCGGAGGCUGGAAAUCCAGUGCAGAGGACGAAAGAAAGAGACACCGGCGAUGACGUAUCACUUGUGCCGGAAGAGUCAGAGGAGAGAGAGUUGGAUCCGAUGGAGCAGUCAGCGACUGACCCAUCUCCGAACGGUCAAACGAAUCCAACGAUAAUGUUGCACUCGCCGGAACAGCAGCAGCCUGCCGUUGACGAGGAAGACGAAGAUGAGUUGACGGAAAAGCAGCUAUCGUUUUAGUUGCUGCGCGAUGUGUGCGUUCGUUCACAGGUGGGGUCAAGCCGUUUCACAGGAAAUCCUGCCCUUUUGAGUGUAGUUUAGGCUCACAACAUUGCUCACUGCCCAAAGAAGAGGACGAACUGUGUACCCCUUUUCUUACCUUUAUCCAGUUUUAAGAAGGAGAGGAGUGUGGUGUACGAUAAUUUUGCUCUUGGCUGCAAGGUUAGCGGUUUAGAGCGGUAAAAUCGGAAUAUUUCCAACUUUACACAGUGUGAAUAAAACAUAACUUUGAGAAUGAAAGUGUAA